GCCAUGUCCCAAAAGUCAUCACCUUGUCUUUGCCAUCGUUCAAUCAUUUUCAAGCAAGCAGCUAAAAUACAAAUCAGCUUUUGAAACCCUCGUAUAUAAAGCUAGGUUGGGGCCUUUUUUGGUUCAUGAACAAAAAGCUGAGCUGAUCUGCUCUGGUGUUUGAGAUUGUAAGAUGUCUGAGCAGGGAAGAGGCAGUGCAGGAACCAUAGGAGUGGUGGUAGUUUUAUGCCUAAUGGUUCAGCUGGGAUGCAGCAACGCAGCCACUUAUAAGGUUGGAGAGUCUGGUGGCUGGAGCUUCAACACAGAUAGCUGGCCCAAUGGAAAGCAAUUUAGAGCCGGCGAUGUGCUUUUAUUCAACUAUGAUCCAACACUACACAAUGUGGUAGCUGUGGACAAGGGUGGCUACAGCAGCUGCACAACUCCGAAUGGUGCAAAGGUGUUUAAAUCUGGAAAGGACCGAAUAAGGCUAGGGAGGGGACAAAACUACUUCAUAUGCAAUUUCCCAGGGCAUUGCGAGUCUGGGAUGAAGAUUGCUAUCAAUGCUGUCUAGCUAUGGAUAUACAAUAUCAUGCGUGUUCAUCCUCAGCUACUAAAUUCGUGUCCGUAUGUAUGUAUGUAUGUAUGCUCAUAUUUUAUUAUGAGGCGGUGUUACGAUCAGACUGAGUAAGUGUCAUAAAUGUGUGAAUGUAACUAUCAAUGGCAAUACAUUGGUGCCAGCCAAUGGCCGACUAUAAAACCAGAUGCUCCUUUGUCGCUCU